AUGUCAAGUUCCGACGAAGAUUCAGGUGCUCCCACUUUAAACAUUUUUCAAAAAUGUACAUCCGUUGUACGCCAGUUGGCGUAUAGUGCCAACGCCGACCAAUUGGAUGACUUUAUCACGCAACCGACACAAGAAGAUGUUGAUCGAGUGACCGCGAAACAUUUGGAGGUGCAUGGUUUCCCGGGUAUGCUCGGAAGAAUCGAUUGUAUGCACUGGCCAUGGAGAAACUGCCCUACCACAUGGCAAGGCCAAUACACUUGUGGCGACAAAGGACACCCCAAGAUUAUGAUUGAAGUGGUUGCUUCAUAUGAUUUGUGGAUUUCGCAUGCUUACUUUGGACCCGCCGGUUCGAACAACGACAUCAACGUACUCAAUGAAUCUGACUUGUUUGGCCAGCUCCUUGAAGAUAGAGCUCAUGUGGUCAACUUUACCGCUAACGGCGAACAGUUUACAAAGGGAUAUUAUCUAGCCGACGGUAUUUAUCCUGAAUGGUCGACACUUGUGAAGUCUUUUAAGUGUCCCAUGGACCCCAAAACCACAAAGUUUAAGCGCUAUCAAGAAGCUGCAAGGAAAGACGUAGAGCAUGCAUUCGGGGUGCUUCAAGGUCAUUUUCAAAUCCUCAGGCACGGAGCGCGUCCAUUGAGUAUCAACAAAAUUAAACGUACGAUGUACACUUGUGUGAUUUUGCACAACAUGGUCGUUGAUUAUAACGGUCGUGCAAUUAGUCCAUUGGAUUUGGAGUUAAUUCCACCCGACAGGCCAGUUCGUACGUGGGACGAACAAGUUGGAAUACAGUUAUGUAUGAUGGGGUAG